GGCAUUUACUAACGUUAAUGUAGACCAUGUUGGGAUGAGAGGCACUCCCCUCGUGUUAUCGAAACCUAAAUAUUUCCUUGUUGAUUUCACUGGAAAAAUUUUGUCAGUUUGGUAAAUGUCGCUUCGCAUUAUCGGUGUUGUUACGGCCGUGAUGUUUGCGAAUUCGUUGCUUGUACGUGAAAAUAUUUGCGUUGGUUGAUUCGGGGAUUCGAUCGGUUGUCCCGUUGUGUGUUGGUUUUUUUUUUUUUGAUAUUGUUAUUAUUCGAAAAUCGCCGUCUGAUUUAUUUUGUGAAAAUGUCGCCGAUAAUAUUUGGUCGCGAUAGUUAUUUAAUGGUAAACCACAACACCGCAGCUAUCAAAGGAGAUAUUAUGAUAAUGAUGAUUGCCUAAGCACUAAGUAGGAUAAUGAAGGAAACGAAAUGUCUCAAUUGACCAUUUUAUUAUUAUUGUCACUGUAUAGUAUGUUGACAAAUGUUAUGAUCAAAUGAUUGAGCUUAUUUUCAAUAAAUAUUUAGAAAAUGGAUAAUGUACAAGACAAGUUUCAACACUCUAUGAACAAUGGUUCAGAAGAUUACUUAAAUGGUCCCAGUAAAAACAACACAUACAAUCACUCGAGGGAUACAACAUUGUCAGACACAUUAGAUUUGGGGCCCUUGCCGCCAAAAUGGGAAAAAGCUUACACAAAAAAUGGAGAAGUUUAUUUUAUUGAUCAUAAUUCAAGUACAUCACAUUGGCUAGAUCCUAGGCUAUCAAAAUUUCAAAAAAAACAGUUGGAAGAUUGUUCAGAUGAUGAAUUGCCAUAUGGUUGGGAGAGGAUUGAUGAUCCUCUUUACGGCACUUACUAUAUAGAUCAUGUCAAUAGACAAACACAAUAUGAGAACCCGGUGCUUCAAGCAAAGAAUGCCAGACAUCACCAUGGGAACCAAUUGCCUAAUGAACAAGAUUGCAUUCCUAGUUAUAAUUUAAAUAAUAUAGAAAAUAUAAACUCUUUAAAACAAGAUUCAGAAUUAAGUAGUAAUUUAUUCACUAAAAAUCCUCAUAAAUUAGUUGGAGAACGACUUCGUUCGACACUCGUUAAAUCAAUCCGAGGUUUAGGUUUUACUAUUGUAGGAGGUGACGAUUCAAAAGAAGAAUUCCUUCAAAUCAAAUCAGUUGUUCCUAAUGGACCCGCAUGGUUAGAAGGGAAAUUGCAAACAGGAGAUGUUCUUGUUUAUGUUAAUGAAAAAUGUGUAUUGGGCUUUACACACCACGAUAUGGUUAGUGUGUUUCAAGCAAUAGCUCCAGGAGAAACAGUUUGUUUGGAAGUAUGUAGAGGUUACCCAUUACCAUUUGAUCCUAAUGACCCAAACACUGAAGUUGUAACAACAGUUGCGGUGGGAAAUACAGAUAGGAGACAACUUGAUGACUUAUCGUAUGUCGAUAGAGAGUUAUAUAUGUUGAAAGUAGACUCUAGAUCACCUGGAAAUGAUUUAUGUAAUCAGUCGGUUAAGUCCAUGCCUGAUUUAUAUGCGUCUGAAGAAAUAAUGAGUGUGGCUAGACCUAGCAGUACUGAUCUUAUUUUAGAAGAACAUCUUCCGACACCUUUAUAUUUGACAAUGUCAAUUGUAAAAGGAGCCAUGGGAUUUGGAUUUACCAUAGCUGAUAGUGCUCAUGGACAGAAAGUCAAGAAAAUUUUGGACAAACAAAGAUGUCAAGAGUUAAUGGAAGGAGACAUUCUCAUUGAUAUUAAUAACAUUUCCGUACAUAAUAUGUCUCACAACAAUGUAGUUCAAGUUUUAAAAGACUGUCAAAUCAACGAAGCUGCCACAAUAACUAUUCAACGUUAUUCUCAAAAUUCACCAGAAAAGUUAAGGGGUAGAAAUAAAAAAGAGGGAGGAGGAAUUAAGAACAUUAUGUAUAGAAGUAAAACGCCUACGUUUGACACGUAUAGUGAUCGAACAAAUGAAGUAAUGUCCAACAGACCAAAGACGCCUGUUAGUGAUAACCGAUCACAAAUUUCAAAUAUUAGGCUUGAACAAAAUGGCACCAACGACACAUAUGCAAUGGCCAACAGUAACUUGCCUCUUGACAACUAUCAUCAUAGAAAUGAUAAUUCUUGGGUUCGUGUUAAUUCACCAUCAACUCAACAAGUUUGCAUUCCUACUAUGAUAUACAACGGAGAAGUAAACCACGGAAAAGGACAUUAUAUUACUUCACAGCCUGUUCAUUACUCUAACCAAUUGUCAAAAUCAAUUCAAAACAUGAGCUAUGAGCAUUAUGAAAUGAAUGCCUCUAAAAAUGAAGUGAGAUAUUUACAAAAUAACAACGAAAUUGAUCAGUUCAAUCAGGAGAAUUUAAAACCAAAUAUCAGUUAUAUUACCCUACAACGACAAGAAUGUGGGUUUGGCUUUCGCAUUGUUGGUGGAAAAGAAGAAGGCUCACAAGUGUCUGUUGGUCAUAUUGUGCCUGGUGGAUCAGCUGAUCUUGACGGACAGAUAAUGACUGGUGAUGAAAUUGUAAGCAUUGAUGGUCAGUCCACCUUAAAUACAUCUCAUGAUUAUGUCAUCAACCUAAUGGGACAGGCUGCUCGUAACGGCAGUGUGACUUUAGGUAUUUACCACCUGAAACCGAACUCAAAGCCAAGUUAUAUUCCUGCACCUAUAAAACGACAUAUUGAUGUUCAAUAUCCAUAUGAUGUAACUUUGACCAAAAAGGACCAGGAGGGUUUCGGAUUUGUUGUCAUAUCAUCAUUAAACAAAGGACCCACAAUUGGACGAAUAAUCGAAGAUAGUCCUGCAUUUAAUAAUGGUCAUAUACAUUUGGGCGAUCAUGUUCUUGCAGUCAAUAAUAUAAAUAUAACAAAUUUAUCCCACGGUGAUAUAGUCAAUAUGAUCAAAGACUCUGGAUCUACGGUUACAUUGACUAUUGGAGCCCCGAAUGAUGAUGCCGCUAGUACUGUGUCUCUACCCAUGUCAAAUAAAGAUCAAGAUUUGGAAGAAGAACAAUAUCAUGCUGUAGAAUUAUCAAGAGGUCCUCAGGGUUUUGGUUUCAGUAUUAGAGGAGGCCGAGAAUUUCAGAACAUGUCAUUGUUUGUACUGCAAAUAGCAGAAAAUGGUCCUGCAGCUCUUGACGGUCGUCUAAGGAUUGGAGAUCAUAUUAUUGAAAUAAAUGGUGUGAAUACCAAAAACAUGACCCAUGCCGAAGCCAUAGAGAUUAUUCAUAGUGGAGGUUCUUGCGUACGGCUUUUAAUACGUCGCGGCACGAGAGUACCUCAGCUACCAUCAUCGGAAAGCAAUGGUUUUUAUGAUACACGGAGUAAUUUAAGACCCCAAUAAAAAAAUCAUUGUAAAACGAUCAUAAUCAUGUUAAAUAUAGUAUUUGUAAAUUACAUUUUGUUUAAAGAAUUUCUGCGCUUGCAAAUAUUUAUUGAUCUGUGAUUAAUUUAGAUUAUAAUGAUAAUGUCUCAUUUUAUGUAUAUGGCAUCAUAGCCUUACUUAAAGAGAUAUACAAGUUUUGUGUGCUCAAAUUCAUUAUAUUGCGAAAAUUUUUAAUUUAAUUUAAUAUGUAUUUUUUGUAUGUAUAUGUUGUUAAUAUAAGUUUAUUUUAUUUGUAUCGUUUUUAUAUUUUGCAAAAUAUUGAUAAUAACUAUCAAAUGCUUACACUAAAAUUAUUAAUUUUUAAUUGAAAGAAAAUGAUUAUUUUAAGAUUUUACUUACUUGAUUAGUGAUCUAUAUGAGCUUGUAAAGUACAAUAUUACAAUUGUAUGAUUUAAUUAUAAUUGUGAUCAUGAUGUAAUUUUAGCACCUUUAAUUUAAUUAUUCAUGAUUUGUUGUAUAACUGCAGUAUUAUUUAACAAAAAAAGAAUCUCAUUUUAUUUCAUUUUAAUUUGAUAAUAUUAUAUUAAUAAAAUUUAGCACAUGCCUGUAGGGCUAAUGUUAAAAAUGCCAUAGGAAUGAAUUCGGAAAAUUCAUUUAAGAUAAUAAUAGUAAAAAUCACUUUGGUGCUAAAUUUUAAAACAUUAUCAGUGUUUAAAUGAAAUGUGCCUAAAAUUUGAACGCCAUAAAGUAUUCAUUGUAAAUUCACAAGCACAGAACUGACUAACGUGUUGUAUAUAACUAUUUUAAGUGUUAUAUUAUAACUAUUUUAUUUUAAUUGUGUUUAAACACUAGCAUUAUUAUUAUUUAACUGAAAUACAUCAAUAAAAAAACAAAUUUUAUUUUUGUGACAUAUCUAGA